AAAACUCUUGUUUGCCCAGCAUCUUGAUCAGUCUGUCCCCCCUUGUCUCACAGUCAGAGCUUGAACCUCCUCCUGAAAAGCUGCAUGUAGCCUAAGGGGAGCGGAGAGUUUCUCUCUCUCUCUCUCUCUCUCUCUCUCUCUCUGUGCUAGAGAGUCUCUUGCCUUUGUAAGAAACUGGAAGCCCCGCUAGGGCCGGUUUUUUUUACCUCCCCCGGUUUAGAGCGUGAGUCACCAGCCAUGUACCAGGGAUACUGGUCUCUGUUCCUGGUCGUUAUCGCCUCCCACUGCAUAGGGUCAGUCAAAGGGCUCUUUCUCUUUGGCCAGCCCGAGUUCUCCUACAAGAGGUCCAACUGCAAGCCUAUCCCCGCCUCCUUGUUGCUGUGCCGUGGGAUCGAGUACCCAAACAUGAGGCUGCCCAACUUGCUGGGGCAUGAAACGAUCCAGGAGGUCCUGGAGCAGGCUGGAGCCUGGAUCCCGCUAGUGCAGAAGCAGUGCCACCCGGACACCAGGAAGUUCCUGUGCUCGCUCUUUGCGCCCGUCUGCAUCGACGACCUGGAUGAGACCAUUCAGCCUUGCCAUUCGCUCUGCGAGCAAGUGAAGGACAGUUGCGCCCCGGUCAUGUCCGCCUUCGGCUUCCCCUGGCCGGACAUGCUGGACUGCAGCCGCUUCCCCCAGGGCCACGACCUCUGUUCCUCACAUUUUCCAGCACCAAAGGUCUGCGAUGCCUGCAAAAACAAGAACGAAGAUGACAACGACAUUGUGGAAAACCUUUGCAAAAAUGACUUUGCAAUAGAAGACCUCCCUCCCCAGGUCUCCUUUAUGUGCACUAAUGGGAAAAAAAAACUCUCUCAAUCUCUCUCAUCCCACUUCUCACUCCCUCCUCCCCUCUUUCAGAUCACAUACAUCAACGGGGACACCAAGAUCACUCCUGAAACAAAGAGCAAAACCAUCUACAAGCUGAAUGGGGUGACGGACAGGGAUCUGAGGAAGACAGUGCUGUGGCUCAAAGGUGGCCUGCAGUGUACCUGUGAUGAGAUGAAUGACAUAAAUGCACCUUAUUUAGUGAUGGGACAAAGGCAGGCCGGGGAGCUAGUGAUCACAUCUGUGAAGCGGUGGCAGAAAGGACAGCGGGCAUUCAAACGAUUCUCCCGCAGCAUCCGCAAACUGCAGUGCUAGUCACUUCCAUGCUAGUCACUUUUACCCUAGUCACUUACAUCAGCUGCCCCAGUUCUGAGCUCUUCAAGCCUCUUGCACCUUCUUGUUUCAGCCUUUCUGAACCACAAGAUAUAGCAGGCAUGGGAGACGAUAGCUGUUUAAAAGAGGAGGACAAAACCCUCCUCUUCACAUUUUGUAAAUAUAUUAAAAGUGUAAUAAAAAUCAUGAAUAUUUUGUGAAGUAUUAAAAUAUCUUGCUUAAAGCUA